AAUGGAGGUCCUUGUCAUGUUACUUCUCGAGGAAGGAGAAGACUUCGACGAAGACCUUCCAAAAAAAUAAUUCGACUUCUGUGUAAGCUCACCUCCCUGAGUUCUGAAUCUCAGCUAGCUUGAACUUCACUUGGCGUGAGAGAAAGAAAACAAGAUAUGGAAACUAGGAUCUAUCCAAUUAGCCUUGAUGUCAAGGAGAUUGCGCUAUCGCUUCAGCGGGCAAUUGUCGGCUACGGAUUCCGUCCAACCGAGGAGGAACUGAUCAAUUACAUGAAGUUGGAAGUACCCGGAAGGAGGGAGAGUUUCUGCAUUAUUCCGACGCUAGAUGACAUCUAUAAGGUUAAUCCAUGGGAUUUACCAGCCAAAUUCAAGGAGAAUUCUAUCAUUCCAUCCAAUGAUCAAGAGUGGUGGUUCAUUUGUCCACGGAUGCAGACCCAGCGGAUUAGCAGGAAAACACCGUGUGGUUAUUCUUGGAAGAUCACUGGUUCACAUAAAGAUAUUAAGGCAGGAAAUGACGACAAAAAGAUCGGUUCCAAGAUACCGUUAAUCUUCCAGGAUGGCGUCCAGACCAACUGGGUCAUCCACGAAUAUCAUCUACUCGACAAUGAUUUCAAUCGAAAUUAUGUUCUGUGUCACUUAAAGCGGAGACGAGAUGAGAAGGCUGAUAACUCAAGCAUAGCAUCGGACCAUGGAGCCAACUACCUGGUGGAUUUGGAAUCGUAUCUUCAUCAACCUGAUCAUGAGGGCUCAUUUCCUGAGUAUUCGAUCCAAGCAAUGAUGGGGUCCCUGAUUGAGGAGAGUCCGACUGUUAUGGACUUCACAUUGGACAAUGGCCAUACUGAUGAUUAUAGCCAAUUGUUGCCCGAAACAGGUAAAGAGGAUGAAUACAUGCUAUUUGAAGAUCUUUUUGAUGCCGACUUCUUCCAUGGAGACGAAAUGCAAAUACAGGAUGGCCAAACAUCUAACUUGCAUAAUGAGCCUCCUGUGCUGAUGAAGCAUCAGCGAACACAGACAAUUGACUCACUCCCAGGUGUUGUUCCCCUUGACGGAAAGAAAGGCAUGGUGGAGAAUAAGUUCAGCAGCCCCCUUGUUGUUCCUAAGAAGCCUAUGGCACUUCCUGUAUACACUGCGAGUGUAAAAUAUAAUGGCAAGGAUGAAGUGCCGAGGUUUAGAAAUGUUAGACAGGAAACAGUUGCUCAAAGUAUCAAACCAGAAUGCAUAUAUUUGGAUGAAACUGCAGCCAGAACAAAGAGUGGCCAAAUAUCUAUAAUGGAGAAUCGCCGAACACAAACAAUUGGGUCAAUCCAUGGUGUUUUUCCUCUUGAGCAAAAGAAAGCCAUCAUACAGAGUAAACUCAACAGCUCACAUGUUUCCUCAGCCAAACCUAUGGAGCUUCUGAGCAAGCCCAUGACUCCAAAAAUGCCCGAGCCCCAAAAAUUUAUGUCAAUGAAGAACUGAGGCUUGAAAAGGUUAAGAAGCAGGAAAUCACAUUGAGAAAUGUUAAAACAGAAUGUGUAUCUUGGGAUGAAGCUGCAGCAACAGCGAAGGUACCAAAAUACCAAGACUACUGUUCAGCAAGUAAUUCAUCAGGGAAGAAAACCAGCAGGGAGAUUGAACAUGCCAGAGAGAAAGCAAAUUCAGUGACUGCAUUGAUCAGACCAACCACCAAGAGCGCAGAAAGCUCCAUAAACCUCCACUGCAUAAUCUCAUGAACAUGCUUAUCGGGAUUUUCCUGCUGUGUGCCAUCACUUGCCAAGUAUUUAAUUUAUGAUUUUCACUGCUAUAUUGCCUGAGUGCAAUGCAGCAUCAUUAGAAGCAACUGUAAACAAAGGAUUUUGUAUGCUAAUGCUUUGUACUUCUUUUUGCUUCAAAGGAAUUGGAAGAUCUAACCAGAUGUCCAUCUGCUCUGAAAUUUACUUUCUUCGUUCUCUGCUGAA